AAUGUCCCGACCCCCAAAUCGGACGUGGAGAGCGCUCCAAAUGAGGGGGCCACAUUGGAAAUAGUGACCGUCGGCCUAAAUGGGCGACUUUCUCGGAUUCGACUCGGCUCAGUGAAGGCAGCAGAAGCCAAAGACACUCUCCCUUUCCUUUUUGUUUUCUUCUCACGACCCUAUAGUAGGCUUGUUCUCUGUUUGGCUUGUUCCUCAUUCCCCGGUUACAUUUUUCAGCCUUUGAGCAAACACGCCAUGGCGUCUUCAACGCAUCCUUCAGCCACAAACGGACUACCCACGACCGCUAACGGCAAUGGCAAGACCGUCUCUCAUGGCCUCGAUAUUGUCAUUAUUGGCGCCGGAAUUGGUGGGCUGACCGCCGCCAUCUAUCUCCGGUACCAGGGCCACAGGGUGACGGUGCUGGAGCAGUCUCGCUUUGCAAACGAAGUCGGAGCGGCCAUGCAUCUAGCCCCGAACUCGAACGGGUUGCUGAGACGGAUUGGUAUAUUUGCCGAGAGGGUGAAUGCCAACUUGAUGGAACAUGUCACCGAAUAUGACGCAGAAAACAAGCUGCUGCGAGAUGUUGACCUAGCAGAGCCCAACAAACUUUGGCAGCAUCCUUGGCACUUGGUCCAUCGCGUACAUCUGCACGAGGAGCUCAAGCGGCACGCUACUUCUCCUGAUGGAGAUGGAGUGCCCGUUGUUCUAAGAACCAGCAGCCGUGUUGCUGAUAUUGACGCUGCCAGUGCCACCGCUACUCUAGAGAGCGGGGAGCGUGUGCAUGGCGAUGUCCUAAUCGGCGCCGACGGGGUGCAUUCUACAGCUCGUCCUAAGGUUCCCGGGGGCGAUAUCACCACCAAAGCGUCCGGCAAGAGCGCAUUUCGGUUCCUCGUUCCCCGCGAAGUUGCGAUGAAUGACCCGUUGACGGCACAGUUCGCAUCGAGAAACGGCCAGCUGAUCAUCUGGUACGGCCAGGAUAGGCGUGUGAUUAUGUACCCAUGCGACUCGAACAGACAACUCAACUUUGUAUGCGUCCACCCCAAAGAGGAGAAAUGGAAUACCACGGCGAACAAGAUCAAACUGCUUGAGGUGUACAAAAACUUCGAUGCCUCGCUCCUGGCACUCCUAAAUAAGGCGGAAGCAGAGACGCUCAAGGUCUGGGAGCUCUUGGACAUGGAUGUUCUCCCAACCUGGGUCGAGGGUCGCCUGGCACUUCUUGGGGAUGCCGCUCAUCCAUUCCUUCCCCAUCAGGGACAGGGGGCUGGCUGCGCAAUGGAAGAUGCGGCCUCUCUAGCUGCUGUCCUGCAACGAGGCACCACGGCGGAAGAUGUUCCCGAACGGCUGCGGCUGUAUGAGAAUAUCCGCAUGCAGCGCGCCAACCGGGUGCAGGAGUACUCACGACUGGCUGGGCGUGACCUCGGGGAGAAGAAACUGGACAUGAUGGAGUACACCAAUUACAAUUUUGGGCACGAUGAAUGGGACAAUUCCACGAAUCUAUUCCGCAAAUGGGGCUGGGCCCGGAAACCACAUCUCUACUGGAGAAUGCCUGUUUCGUUCGGCCCCUUCCCCGGCCCACGUCAGACCUUUGACGGCAAGCCAAGAACGGCGACUCACUCAACCUUCACCACCGCCUCGAUCAAGUUCAAGACAUCUCGUACUCUCCUGCAGAAUCUCUUCCCCUCACCAUCGUUCCGCUUCAAGACCCCCGGCACGGUCGCAUACGCCAGCUUCUCGCAGACCACGCUGAACAAGAUGGAGUGGCUUGGUGGCUCCGGGUACCGCCACUUGGGCCUCUACAUCCACGGCGUGCAGUACGUCAAGGACAACGGGGACACGGUUGACGGCACCUUCUUGCCCGUGUUGUUCGAGAGUCUGACAGAUCCCAUCGUCAGCGGGCGAGAGGAGCUGGGGAUGCCGAAGCUCUACUGCUCCAUCGACGUGUGGCGUCGCGAGAAGAGCUACAGGAUACAGACGGGUUGGCAAGGAGCCAACUUCGGCUCCCUGGUCCUGGAGGGCUUGACUGAAGUGGAUCCGGGCGAAGAUAAGGGGACCAUCGGAGGUGAAGACGACGAGGGGAUCUUUGCGUACAAGUACAUCCCCAGCGUGGGAGAGCGUGGCAAGGCGGAUGUGCAGCACGCGACGUUUGUCCCGCACGCCGAGGAGUCAAAGGUCGUUCCUAGUAGGGUCGAGAAGGUGUACCAGGCCCGGAAAGGAACCGUGUCGUUUGAUCCUCUCGACUGGGAGGCACUCCCAACGCUGCACCACGUCAUAUCAAGACUGGCCGAGAUCCCUGUCUACGAGGUUAUCAGCGGGAAGGUAGUUGAAGGGGUGGGUGUCCCGGAUGUUUCGAGUGCGAGAAGGAUGGAUUGA